CCUAGGUUCUGAUUUGUCCGACCGCCCUGGUAGAAUCGGAUAGAUGCAUGCAUUAGUUUCGACACAAGUCCCUGGGUCGCAUACAGUGCCUGGUACCCUCUUGUCGAGAUUAGGAACAAUUUGCCUCGAGUGAGCAGCUGGAUGGCAUGCAACAAAGGAGCCCAUAAUAACAUGGUUGUUUGGACCCCGUACCUCCAAGCGAGUACACCACCAUGGGCUCACCUAUCACGUCGCCAGACCCUGCACCCUACCGGUUCAAGGCCUUACCACUUUCGCACUCAUCGUAAAAUUCACGCCCGGACUGAUAAAUGUCUCUUGCCCAGCUCCGGGCUUUAUUGUGUUUUUAUUUUGGCUUACUUGACUACCGACAAAGAAAUAACAACUGGCCUGCCGCGCAUCGGAAAGGAAAACGGCCGUGGCCAGGCAAGGUCAGCACAAGCAGAGGACUCAUCUGGGAACGAUUCCAUAUGCAGUACUAUGAUUGUGCUUAGGCGGCCGCAAGAGCACUCACAUGGAGCCAAACAGCAACCGAAGCUUUCUCGGAACCGCACCGGACAGCGGAUAUGGCUCUGGGGCUCAUGCAUCUCCUAUCGACUACCACAACUAUCAGACUGAUAUGAACAAUCAUGGAAUGGGGCUUGAUGCCAUGGAUCAAGGCGAUCGGUCGUCGUUGCUGAAUGGCUCUUACAAUACACAGCAAGAUUACCCCGGGAUGAAUGGCAGCACUGGUGCUCUGGAUCCCGACGAGGCAAUGAACUACUUCCAAGGCGGUAACGUGUGGGGAAGUUAUGACAGGCACCUGUUUGGCUUUGGCACAAAUUUCCUGCCAUAUCAAGAUCCCAGUCAGAAUCCUUGGACAUCGACAGACAUGUCCUCCUUUUCCUUGCACCAACCGCCUCAAGCUUGGCAGACAGCAAUGAUGACCCCGCCGGCUGAAUCUUACGACUUGAGCCGUUCAUACCAGCCGGAGACGCCGAUGGAACCCUUCAAACAGUCAGCAGAGAUCCAAACAGAUACGUCUGGCUAUGGUUUCCCACAGCAGAAUGGCCAACACGAUGUGUUCAUCCCUGAUACACAUACGAAUGCUGUCAAGUUCGAAGCCAACGCACUGAACUCUUGCCCGGAAUCAUCACCAGCCACGCCGGCCAGUUAUGCUGCCACACCGACCUCUUCCAGAAUGUCUUCGCUGCUAUACCAGCUUAGUGAGGAUCGUUCAAACGAUGAAGCUAUGAUUGCGGAAUCAUCAGUGGGGACUUCCCUUGCACCGGUUACAACAAGGUCGCCAAUGAAUUCUAUCCCAAGCCAACUCUCUACUCCGAUGCCUGCGAGCAUGGAGGAUGAAGUUUGCGCUUCGGCAAUUCAUCCUAAUCUUUCGGGCUUAUCUCCUCAAUCGACUGGAACAAAUGGUAUUCCAGACCUUGCCACUGCAAAGCCGGAUAACGGCAGAAACGACACCCGCAUGGAAUCGGUAACCAAAACGGGGAAGGCAACAAACACAACUGCCAAAGAACGGCGUGUGCGGGCUCCCAGACCUCCGGGAAGUAACCGAGUCGCAGCCAAGAAGUGCCGUGAAAAGACCAAAAACAACGAGAAGGAGCUGGAGUUUCGAGAACGAAAUAUGGGAACCCUCAACAUGCUGCUCAAGAGGGAGCUGGAGCACGUGGUGCGAGAGGCCGUCGAAUGGCGAACGAGACUCCUUGCCCAUGCCCACUGCGACAAUCCCAGCAUCAACAACUGGAUUAGUGCCAGGGCUGUGGAGAUCUCUGAAACCGUGUCCUCGGCAUCUAGACAGACGUCAUCUGAAGCCAGGCUGCAGUCCAUGUCGCCAACAAUUGGGUCGACCUUGCGUCUACAAUCCUUGGAAUUGAGGCCUGCUCAUGAUCGACACCUUCGGCCCCAGUUUCAAUCGUCGCAGUCGGUCGAAGAAGCACCGAACCAAUGUCAUGGGCCCGCGGCAGCUCCUGACGGCUAACGCCGGUCAAAGUCGGACCCAUAAUACCAGACUCGGUCAAUGUCAUCAAAGAGGAAGUGGAACAUGAACUCCCCAUUGCAGCUGCAAGGCUGCCACAUGGCUUGUCUUUUUUCUUUUUCAGAACCGAACGAUGAACAGAAAAGAAAAAUAAAUAAAAAAACACCAAAAAGAAAACACAAAAAAAAACUGGAUAUUGGGAAACCGGAUCAGGAAACAGAUAACCUUCCUCUUAGCCAGGUUAGGUCUUGUAUAUAACGCCCCCAACCCCUACCACCACUUGUACACAUACGUAUACUUGUGACUAGGAAUCACGAGAGA